CUCUCUCUUUCUCUCUAGAUGGGAUGGGUCGAGUCCUGGCUCAGGACGUUUAUGCCAAAGACAACCUGCCCCCGUUCCCCGCCUCUGUCAAGGAUGGUUAUGCUGUAAGAGCGGCUGACGGUCCAGGCGACCGUUUCAUCAUCGGAGAGUCCCAGGCUGGAGAACAGCCCACCCACACAGUGAUGCCAGGCCAGGUGAUGAGGGUGACGACGGGGGCUCCUAUCCCCUGUGGGGCAGAUGCUGUGGUGCAGGUGGAGGACACAGAGCUGCUCCGCGAGUCUGAGGACGGCACCGAGGAGCUGGAGGUGCGAAUCCUCGUCCAGGCCCGCCCAGGACAAGACAUCAGGCCCAUAGGUCAUGACAUCAAGCGUGGGGAAUGUGUCCUGUCCAAGGGAACUCACAUGGGCCCCUCUGAGAUUGGCUUGCUGGCCACCGUAGGGGUCACCGAGGUGGAGGUGCAGAAGUUCCCCGUGGUGGCUGUCAUGUCCACAGGCAACGAGCUGUUGAACCCAGAGGACGACCUCCAUCCAGGGAAGAUCAGGGAUAGUAACCGCUCCACACUGCUCGCUACCAUCCAGGAGCACGGAUAUCCCACCAUCAACCUGGGCAUCGUGGGAGACAACCCAGACGAUCUCCUGAACGCCCUGAACGAGGGCAUCAGCCGUGCUGACGUCAUCAUCACCUCUGGAGGGGUGUCUAUGGGAGAGAAGGACUAUCUGAAACAGGUGCUGGAUAUUGAUCUGCAUGCUCAGAUCCACUUUGGACGAGUCUUCAUGAAACCAGGUCUCCCGACAACAUUCGCCACGUUGGACAUGGACGGUGCUCGCAAACUCAUCUUUGCCCUCCCAGGUAGUAAUCCCGUGUCUGCUGUGGUGACAUGUAACCUCUUUGUUAUCCCCGCCUUAAGGAAGAUGCAGGGGAUCCUGGACCCACGGCCCACCAUCAUCAAAGCCAGGUUGUCAUGUGACGUAAAGUUGGAUCCUCGCCCUGAGUACCACCGCUGCAUUCUGACAUGGCACCACCAGGAGCCUCUGCCAUGGGCCCAGAGCACAGGUAACCAGGUGAGCAGCAGGCUGAUGAGCAUGCGCAGCGCCAACGGUCUCCUGAUGCUACCUCCAAAAACAGAGCAAUAUGUGGAGCUGCACAAGGGAGAGGUGGUCGACGUCAUGGUCAUCGGCCGGCUAUGAUGUCAUCAAAGGGGGACGUUGAGAUGGCUUCAUAGAGAGAGAGGGUUCAAAUGGGUGUUUCACGGUGCAUGUCCACAUAUCAUUGACUAUUCUGUAAUAUGCAACGGCACAGCUAGUUUUUAUUGAUUUGGAUAACGUUGAGGUAUAGUCAACAUCUCGAUCACAAACCUAGGUACAUAUGAUACAAAAAAAUAUAAUUACUUUAAAAAGAUUAUAAUAGUAUUUCAGACAAAGAAAAAUAUAACUUUUAAAGAAAAAAAUCUAAUUAUCAAAAGAGAUUUAUUCUGUAAUAUAUUAUUAUGAUUAUUCCGUAUUAUUGUUAUCAUUAUUCUUCUUAUUAUCAUUAUUAUAUUAUAAGUCAACUUUAUUCCUUUCAUUGCAAUUGCUUUGUGUGUUCAAUGCUAGAUCUUAUCGAUAUCGGUAGCAUUUUAAUAGAGCUGUAGGUGCCUGCCAGGACAAAAAAAGAAAUAUAUAUAUAUAUAUAUUAUUUUCUCAUCUUUAGUGGGGGGAAACUUUUUCUUUUUUUAAAAUAUAAAGAAAAACAAUGAGGAAGACUCCAGAUUUCCCACGGUGCUCGGCUAAGAGGAAGGAGGGAGGGCAUAAUCUAGGUCUACUUCCUCUGUGGUGUGACGCUUUAACGGUGACGCCACACACUUCUAUUUUUCUCUCGUUAGUAUGCAUCAUAAUGGCUUCACAAAGAGCUUUGCUUGUUGUUUAUCUUGUGAGUCUUGUUUAUGUGCGCAGUGCCAAAUGCCUGGGCAGGGACGAUGGGAGGGAGGGGGGGCGGACAGUCACCCACCAACCUGCCCAGACCCUGAAGCUUCCUUAUUUAUCAUCUGACCAGGUGCAACUCUGCGCCAGACCCCCUGGGGGCGUGGUCACCCGUGAAAAACAAAACCUUUUAUUUGAUCGACUAAGAGUAAGGGGGGGGAAAAAACAUGAAAUAAAAGAAACAGCUUCUUUAAGUGCUGACAGCCUUUUUAACUGACUUCACAAAAAAAUGUACAGAUUAAAAAAAUGCGAAGAAGAUGAACCAUAUUGUACAGAUAUAUGUGACCAGCACUCCUAAUGAAAUUAUUAUUAUUAAGCAAUGAAGAGACAUUGAACAACGCUGUACUAUAAUACAUUUUCUGUAAUGAUAUGAAACUGAUGAAAGAGACUACGAUAAUAAAAAUCCUUGAUCAUUAUGUAAAAAAAGAAAAUUACAAAAAUUGUUGGGUUUCCUUUUUUCAAUAAAACCUAUUCAAAGAAAAAAAAAGUGU